ACAGGGCCAAGAGAGGCACUCGUUACAUGGGACCUCCCAGAUAAGGACCAAAAGUGGAACUAUGGAGUGGAUAUCUCGUAUCGUCUGAAGCAACUGGGUGGAUGUAACGAAGCUGCCACAGGAUCUCAGGAGCCCAUCACCAAGUUGAACAUCCAGGAGAAGCAAGUGCCACUGGAGGAACUUGCUCCAGGAAGUGUCUACGAGGUGACGGUGACCCCACGUCGUCCUCCAUCACUUCAUUCGUCGAUAGUCGCACCGAAGACUGUACGAACCUUCAAGACCAAGAAUGACGUGCCCACAGGACCACCAAUGAACUUGCAAUCCACCGUUCGAAAAGACACUGAACUCGGAUUCAAAUGGGAUGCUCCUGAAUGUGUGCAUCAGAACGGUAAUGUUACCCAGUACGAGUUUGAGUUGGUUGGAAUGGACGAGUGGAACGAGGGUACUCGUGAGGGUGUCACUCCUCGUACCAAUGCCGUCAUUGAUCAGCUUCAACCCGGAUCACUCUAUCGAAUGAAGGUUCGAGCCUACACGGCCGAAGGACCAGGACCCUGGUCUGAUCCACUGGAAAUCCGAACCACUGGUUCUGAACUGGGUGCACCGCGAGAACUCACGGCUGUCCAGACAAAGAGUACAGCUAUUCAACUCACAUGGCUGCCACCCUAUCCCGAAAAAGCUGUUGUAACUGCUUACAGGAUAAGAUAUAGCCCUAGAGCUGAUGAUUCCAAUCCAACGGAGGUCGAGCUCUCUGGAGAUGAACUCUCGUGUACGGGAUACAAAAGCCCAAUCAUCACCGGCGCCAAUCUGUGCACUACUGUGAAGAACCUGCAACCUGCCACCACUUACCGAUUUGCUGUGCAGGGUCAAUCAGCGUCUGGAACGUGGGGUGAAUGGUCAAGCGACUACUUUUCCACCACUAGAAAAGACGACCAGGAGCUCCUUGGCGGCAGCUUAAAGCUGCUUUCUGCCGGUCAUGACAAUCUCAAAGUGAAAUGGACUCCACCAGCAGUCAUUGGCGAGAAAAUCGAUACUUAUCAGUUGUUCAUUUCGGUCGCUAGUGAGCUGGACCAGAAUCCCAGAGAAUACACUACGCCCGGAUCACAAACCGAUUACCACUUCAGACAGCUCAACCCUGUUACUCAGUACAACGUAACUGUACAAGGCCUUUCCGGCAGUAAUAAACUCUGGUUUAUUUCGUCCGUAUUUGCAACCACCGACUUUGCCGAGGGUCUGCUGAGCUGGCUGCCAGCGCCCACAGAUUUGCACCUAAUCGAGAAGUCCGACACCAUGCUGCACGUAGACUGGGUUCCUCCCGAAAUUUUUGACGCUGAACAACGAGAGAUGCUCACCCACUACAGGGUUACCAUUGCACCGUUCGAUCCUCGCAGUGGAGUGACUGGCCCGAAAAAGAACUACACGGUUCCUGUACCGGGAAAUUCAAUCAAAUUCGAGGGCUUGAAUCCGGAAACCAUCUACAAUAUCACCGUGCAAGCGGGCACAAGCUCCGGCUACGGCCAUAUUCUAUGGGGAACUUACAGUACUCUGGCCCCUGGACAGCGGCACAUAAUUCGGCUUGUGAAUAGGUCUCCGACAACGCUGCACGUGGAAUGGGAGCCUGUUUGGGGACGCAGCCACAGCGGUUAUACUGUGAGUAUGCUUCAUUGA